AAACAAACAUGGCGGCAAAAUCUGAAGAAAGCGUAGUUUGAGAUUAUGUCGCAGCAUGAAAAGCACCUUAGUGCGUAUUUGAAAUCCAAACGUUCUGGAUCAACAUCUUCAGGUGCUGCAAAAGAUAGGAAUGCCCACACUGGGAAAAAACCAUCAACAAAGCAAUUAGGAAAAUCACAGCCAUCUGCUGAUUUGAAACUGAAGAGAGGAUUGGACCUUACCAGGAUUCCAGAGGAAGUCAUCUUAAAGAUAUUCAAAUACUUGAGUCCCUCUGAACUGCUGGUAUGUGCUCAGGUGUGUCACAAAUGGUCUGCAGUUUCACAAGACAGCUGUUUGUGGGAGCCACUGCUUCCUUAUCUUCCAAAGCGAGUCAGAGAUAAUUUAACCUUCAAAGAAACAAAAGAUGAAGGUUUUGACUGGAAGCGUGAAGUAAUCAAAAGAUGUAUACGUGCAAGGAAUGAAGAGAUGCUCAGAAAGCGAGGAGUUUCACCGUACACUGGCUUACAGAAAGAUGCGUUUCAUCCCCUUAGGUUUACUGACAUUAGAUGGAAGCUUUGUGUUACAGACACCUCUGGUAAGGAAUACUGGCGGUCGUCCGACUGCAGCACUCUUUUCCAGUCUUCACUCUGUGUCCGCUGGUAUUCCCUAAAUCUACCACCUCUCUCGAGACUGAAGACACUUCAGGUGUUUUCUUUUGUGCCAGUUUUCUUUAACAGAAGUUGGAAGCCUCACUAUGAAAGUGCCACUACAAGAUCUCUUGUCCUCCAAUUUGAUCUUCGCUCUAAAGGCUCCAGAAUGGCUCUUUCACAAGCCACAGCCGUCAGUGGAGCUGGGAUGAUAACAGCACAUGUGAUAUGUUCCUCCGUUUUAGCAGCUUGCUGGAGCGCCUCUUGGAAAGAUGGUGGGGAACUCGCUUUUCUUACACUUUGCCUUCAUCAGCACAAUCUGACUAAAAAAGUUCUUCUGGGUUCGCAUUGCAGAACCUUCAUACCGUCAGCCCACGUGCCUGUUCCUGAUGACAUAGACCCAAAGUAUGGACUUCAUGGAUAUUCUGCCACAAUAGAACUGAGAAAUCACAAAGCGACUUUCUGGGGAAGGCAGUACAGGGAACUCUACCAACAAUACUUGGCUGAUUCUUACGUGUCCCUUGGAGGUGGCAGCCACGAACACGGUUCAUUUUCAAGGAAGCUUUCACUUCCUUGGAAAACAGAAUUAUUCAAAAACGUCUUACCCGAUAUGUGUUUCCUAGAUGUGACUGUUCUACAUGAUAGGAAGCCUUUCUGGUGUUUCAGCUCGCCUGUAAAAGUUCUUAUCAACAAAGUAUUAGAUGGUGAUUUCACUUCAGAGGGAGAAAAACAGUUUAUCGAAUUCAGUGAUGAACAUGGUUCUUUAAGGAUGGAUUUUCUCUGGAUCGAAGAUGAGGAACAAACGCUUGUUACUAACGUUGAGCUACGUGUCUUGAAGUCUUUUGUAAACUUCUGGUUCAACACGGCCUAUUGAAGUCAAGUAGUCUCGACCAGUCCCUACCCCGCAACUUAACACCAGUCUUCCUUGUCAAUUUAAAGGAGAACAUAAAGACCUAAAGAGAGGAUGGUGAUGUUUAUCGAAUCAGUAAUGGCGCAGUUUGUGUCUUCUUGAUCAAAGUUUGGACCCCCUAUCAAACAUUUCUGGAUCUGCCUGGGGGUAUCCUAUGCGGUCGCUAACGUGCCGCUCAUCAGUUAGAAUCCCAACUGGGUAUUUCUAUCAAAGCUCUUGAGCCAUCAUUGGAAAUGUCAAUUAACCCUUCUAAUAGUGUUUUACUGAAAGUAUCUACAUUUUCAAAUAUUUUUUUUUUGUUUUUGUUUGAGUUUUGGAAAAUACUGAUUUUGUUUAUUGGUUCUCUAUGAGCUGAUACUCAGCGAGUAAAUUAACCAGUCAGAACACGAAAUUUUCAAUUUGGGUUUUUUUAGGGGUUUGUUGAAGUGGUUUUUUAUAAAAAGGAAAUAAGCACACAGAUUUACAUUACAUUUUGGGUGACGGAUUCCCAAUAUUUUUCUUUUUAGGUCAAUAAAUAUUGUAUGACACCCCCCGUUUUCUCUUAAUCAAAUGUUAACCCAGUGAUAAGGUGGUCUGUCUUAAUGAGGUCUACGUAAGUUCCAUAUCAUCUGCCCCGUAGACGAGUAAAAUAAAUUUCACCCAAAAGCCACAGUUCACAUAAUCGCUUAGUUAGGUUGAAAGAAUUAAAAUAACUGAAAAUUCCAUAAUUUGCGAUUAUUUUCAGUAGUUAUAAUUACUACAAAGCCUUAAAAAUGAAUCAAUGGGGUCGAGUUGUGAAAAAAUCCGUACAUUAAUCGACAAAAGAAUCGUUACUGAAUGCCACAUUAUGAUUGCAAAAGUAAAAUCCUUACGUUGAGUAUACUCAUUGUCAGCUUGGAAUUUCCAAAACGAAGCAAACAUGGAUAUGUGAAAUUUUGUUGAUGCUGAAAAUCAUUCACAGGUCGUUAUCAACAGCUGUUCUUCGAACAUUUUGUCAAUUAGUAUGUGAUGUUGUUAAUGACAGCAUUUUAAUUAUGCACAAAGAAACAACAAACACAGAAGGAAACUUUGAAUCAAGGAUAAAAUAGCAGUGAAGCAUAAUGCAUUCUCGGAUCGGAAAAUAUCAAUGGAUCUUUCUCAACCAAUAAAUUUUCUUUCUAUGCUGUCUUUUUCACUUUUGGAUCUAUAGAGAAACCAAGCAAGACUAAGGAAAAAUAAUUAAAGGGGUAAGUUUCUAAUGAAACGAUGAGGGGUAUUGUGGGAGGAUUUGGUUUUAUCAACUGAGUUGAUAGCGUAAAUCGGCCAUCA